AUGAACGGAUGUAUCGAGGACUGGGAGGAUUACGCUAGGAAGUGCUUUGACAACCUCAACCCUGGCGGGUGGGUUGAGUUCAACGAAACCCCUCUCAAGCCUCAAUGUGACGACGGAACCAUCCCGAGGGACGCAAAGAUUGCGAAGAUCGCAGACCUGAUCCAGGAGGCCAUGGAGCAGAGCGGGCGGCCUACGAUGAACGUGGAUAAUUUCAAAGGCAUUUUGAGCAGGGCUGGAUUCGUAGACGUCAAUGUGCUGAAGUACAAGUGGCCCACAAACACUUGGCCAAAGGAAAGGAGGUUCAAGGAUAUCGGCGCAUGGAGCCACGAGAACAUUGUUUCUGGCUGGGAUGGCCUUUGCUUGACGUUGCUGACAAGGGCUCACGGGUGGACGAAGGAAGAGGUGGCUGUCUCCAACGCCCUGUGCCGCGAAGAAUUCAUGGACAAGACCAUACAUGCGUACUGGCCACUGUAA